AGAGAGAGAGAGAGAGAGAGAGAGAGAGAGAGAGAGAGAGAGAGCACUGCUGACUCAGGAGUCUCUCCCUCUUUCUCUCUCUCCUCCGUCCUCGGCGGAUCAAGCGGCUGCAGAGACAAGAACGAGGCAAAGUGAUGUUGGGAGUCCUCCUCCUCCUGUCCCUCUUCCCAAUAGUGGCCCUGGUGCCCCCUCCCAGCGGCCCACCUGUACCCUGCAGGCGCUGCUGUGACCACCUGGAGCCAGAAGAUGGCAGCGGAGCCGAGCUUCCAACGGGAGGAUUCAACCAUGUGCCAGAAGUACGCGCCUACAUCAACAUGACCAUCCUUAAAGGCGACAAAGGAGAUCGUGGCGACAGGGGGACACCAGGUAAACUUGGACACGAAGGCCCUCCAGGCCCCAGAGGUGAAACAGGCUCAAACGGCUCCAAGGGCCAGGCCGGUCUUCCGGGAGACCCCUGCAAGAUCCAGAACUCGGCCUUCUCAGUCGGCCGCCGCAAAUCACUCCACAGUGUGGAGUCCUUCCAGGGUCUUUUGUUUGACACGGUUUUCGUCAACCUGGGGGACCACUUCAACAUGUUCAAUGGUAAAUUCAUUUGCCGUAUCCCAGGGGUCUACUUCUUCAACGUCAACAUCCACACGUGGAACUUUAAAGAGACUUAUCUGCAUAUUAUGCAGAACGAGACGGAGCGCGCCAUCGUUUACGCGCAGCCCAGCGAGCGCUCCAUCAUGCAGAGUCAGAGCCUGAUGCUGGAGCUGGAGCUGAGUGAAGAGGUGUGGGUCCGCCUGUACAAGAGGGAGAGGGAGAACGCAAUUUACAGCGACGACGUAGACGUCUACAUCACCUUCAAUGGAUACCUCAUCAAAGCUAGUGCAGAGGGAGAAUGAAGAAGAGUGGGAAGGCUGAGGAUUGGACUGAUGAGCAACACCAUGCAAUUCACUGUAAAACAAGUUCUCCUCUUCCUCAUAUAGAAAAGACAUUCAGCAUGGUAGCUGAAAAACAAGCAAUAUCUCUUGGAGAAAAUGUGAACAAUGAUCUCGAUCUGCAAUCAGCCCAUAGGAAAGUGUAGAAAAUGUUCAAGUAUAAUGCAGAAUGAGAUUCAUACCGUGAUACUGCAAACCAGCCACGACAAGAAAUACGAUUAUUUGUUAUCUUGCCAUGCGUUAGAUGAGGAGAUUAAUAUCACUUUUGUAACUAAUUGAUAAAUCCGAGCUGGAACUUGCAGCUGGUUAGCGUAGCUUAGCAUAAAACCUGGAAAAGCCGGUCUCCGGGCAGAGGUAACAAAUCUGCCCAUCAGCACUUUUAAGGUUAACCGAGGGUUUUUGUUAAAUGUAUUUACUUUUUGAUCGAUGGUUUUAUAAAAACAAAAGAAGACAGAAUUGAACUGUACAAUUUUUUUAUCCGUUAAAUUUUAAUGAAGAAAAAUAUGAUAUUUUGUUAUCAUCUACAAUUUAAAAAAAGCUAAGUUUAUGGUUAUGUUAUAGGAUAAAGUUAGGAAAAGUAAACUCAAUAAGGCAAUAUUAUCACUGGUACUGUCAGCUCAUACUGAUUUUUGUAUGUGGUGCUAAAAACGGUGCUAACUAAACUUUUGUUUCGUGUGAACUUACAGUUACUGAAAAUGCAGAAAACAUCAUGUGUUUUUAAUUCAAAUAAAAAGGCAUUAAUUAC